AUGUUAGGAUUGCAAAACUCUUCGCAACCCUUGAAUAACAAUUCUGAUAAUCAGGGAACUCAAAUUUCCAGCAAUGGCGGCCUUAACAAUCCCAGUCAAGCUAUGGGCCAGGGAAAUUCCCAGCAACAGAGACAGCUGCAAUAUCAACAGCAGCUCACAAACUUUCAAUUGCAACAAUUACAAUUUCAAAUGAUGAGCCAAGGCCAACAAGGAUUAAACCAUCUUAGGUCGCCUACAAUGAAUGGAUUUAAUAUGAAUGGCGGUUUAAGACAAGGUAAAAGAAUGAAUGGCAGUGGCAAUGGCGCUAACUCGACUGGCGCCAACGGUUUAAAUCUACCAAGAGGUAAUGGCUCUAUUUUCAAUAACUUACAGGCACCAGUGAGUCAAAAAGUUGUAUAUGGAUAUCACCAGGGUAAUGAUAGUGUUCCUCAAACACCAUUUGACUUGAAUUAUGGUGCUUCUAUGUUGCCUGCGAACUUGCUUUCCCCAUUUAUUGGUUCGUCGUUUGGAUCACCAUUAACUGCCACUUUAAGUCCUGGUCACGGUUUUCAAAGCAGCCAGUACAUGGCGGUUACUGGUCCUGCUCCUCCAAAAAUCGGGGCUCCACCAAAGAGCAGAAAAAAGGGUUCAAAAGGAAACCAUACUCAUAAAAAAGGGAUCAAUGGUCAUAGUAGUUUGAAUGCUGCAACAACAAUGAAUAAAGAUAUUGAUGAAAAGAAAAAUGAAGAUGAAGAUGGUGAUAGUGAUUACGAUGAUAGCUCUGAAGAUGAUGUCAUUAUAACGGAAGGUGUUGAUGAUGAUGAAUUACAAGAAAAUAGAUCCAAUUUAUUCUCAGAAGAGGAUAAUAUUAUUGAUAGAAAACAAAAGAGGUCUUCGUCAGCAAAGGCAAAGCGUCCACAUUUGAAAAAUCCACACCUCAAAAACGUUCCUGUUACAAUUUCCUUAAGAGUGCAGAGAUUAUCUAAUAAGGUUAUCAUUUUACGUCACAUCAAUUCUAAUGUUAAGAUUUAUGAAUUUUUGAAUUAUUUAAAAUUUGGCCCAUUACAGUUCUGCUACAUUAUGGAGGAUGAUAGUGAUGCAGGUCCUAACGAGCUCCAAAUCAAGUUGAAGUUCAUUUAUGAAAGAACACAUAAUAACUUUAUCAAUCAUUUACAUUUAUACAUUAAUGAAUUUUACCAGGAAUUUAAUUCCCCUACUGCUGCCUAUAAAAUUGUUGAAUACGAUAUUAAGGAUGAUUACUCUAAUGCAACUGCUCUUAAACACGUCAUCGAAAACCCUGAGCCAACUAAGGAUGAUGAUUUUGUGAACUUGGAAUAUGAGAUUGAAGUCAACCAUGCCACUAGAUGUAUCAAGAUUGUUAAGUUCACCACUUUUGAUUUGCUAAAUGACGACCACGAAAACUUGGAAAAGAAACUCAAGUUGAAUUUUGGUGAAGUGGAUUUGAUUAACACCAAUGAAGACCGUAAUACGAUGAUCAUUCAUUUCUUAAACCUCGUUAGUUGUGUGAAAUUAUUCAAAGAAUUGACCAAGUUGAAUCUUGUGAAAAUUGAGAAAGAUCAAGUUGCAUCAAAGAGCUUAGGACAUUUUAAAUAUGGGGAAGAUAGAUGUUGCCAAAUUGAUGACGAUGAGUUCGAACAGACUUUUGGACAAACUUCGGAUUUUAAUGAGCAUUUGGAAAAUGAAUCGGAUAAUAAGCAUUCUCAAGACUUCGUCAACUCACAGCAAAUAUCACAGUACGGUGAUGAAAUUGUCAAUCAAACUUUACUCCAACCACAGUUAGUUGUCGCAGGAAACAAUGGUCAAAUGGGCGAUUUAGUUGGUAAUUUCCAAGCAUUGAAUGUGGCAGGCAAUAAUGGUGCAUCUGAUGUUUUGCCACCUAUGAUACAUAACAUCAAUAGUUUAAAUAUUAGUGAGAAUAGAACUGUGUAUUUGGGUAAUUUGGCAUCAAAAACCACUGUUGAGGAAGUUUGCAAUGUUGUUAGAGGCGGUAUUUUACAAUCUAUAAAAUUGAUUUCGGAAAAACAUAUUUGUUUCAUCACUUUCAUCACCGCUGCUUCAGCGACUCAAUUUUUUGCCAGCAGUAAUAUGAACGGAUUGACUAUCCACAACAAAAAAAUCAAGGUUGGUUGGGGUAAAAAUCCUGGUGAUUUACCGAAUCUGAUUGCCUUGGCGGUUACCGUUGGUGCUAGCCGAAAUGUUUACAUUGGUGUUAAAGAUGACGAGGAUAAUACCGGGAUGUCAGAAGGCCCAAAGGUUGUUCCUGACGAACCUACUAUUAGAAAAGAUUUUUCUAAGUGGGGGGAAAUUGAACAAAUCAAUUUUUUCAAGGACGGUUAUUGCGCAUUUGUUAACUUUAUAAAUAUUACUUACGCAAUGAAGGCAGUUGAUGAAUUUCAAGGUCCUGAUAGCCAACUGGUGCAUGAAUCGUUUGGUAAUAGAUACGUUCACUACAAGAUCAACUUCGCCAAGGAUAGAUGUGGGAACCCACCCAAAUUUGUCAAUAACAAGCCAAAGAAGAAGAAAAAUAACAGAAAAAAUAAUAACAACAACAAUAUUGUUGAUAAUUACUCAAGCACUACUACGCUUGAUACAACUGUUCAUGGCCAUGAUAGUAAAAUAGAACACAAUUCAAAUGAGGGAGGACAGAUCACUGACCAACAGGCCCUUGCAUUGGCCUCUAUUGGCAUUACUUCUAGUCUUAUUGACGAGAAAGUGAAAGAAGUUGAGCACGAUAAGGAAAAUGGGGUAUCAAAUGAUAAUGAUGCCGAUCCAAUGCCUCAAAGAGCUUCUACUCCGGUAAAUAACGAUGCUGCAAAAAGAUUAUCUACGGGAACCAAUUCAUAUUCUGCGUCUCCUGGCCGUUCGGGAUCUCCAGCAAUGAACCCUCAAGUGAAUAACAGUUUUGGGUAUUAUAGUCAAAAGAAAAAACAGCAGUAUACACCGGUUCAACAGAAUGCUCAGCUUUAUAGUGGAAGUCCGAUAGUGGAAGGAUCAGCUUACUCUUCGCCUGGAGCGUAUGCUAAUUUGUUGGUUUCUAAAGCUCAACCAAGAAAGUCAAACAAUAACAAGCCUAACGGCGCUGCUCAUACUUCUCAUCGUGCCUCGCUAACUGGCAAUCCUGGUGCUUCAAUGAUGGGUGGUUUUGGCUCAUCAGGGUCGCAAGUAAUGAUGCAAUAUUUGGCCAAAGCACAAUUUGAUAGCUUAAUGUUUAAUCCACUGAAAGACGAUGAUAUGAAAAAGAAGAAGAAGAGAAACAGUCACAGUAGCAAUAUUAGCAAUAACAAUAAUGACAAUAGCAAGAAAUGA